AUGUCCCAGAAGACGAUUCUGAUCACCGGCACAAACGCCGGCGGCAUCGGCAACCAGCUCGCACGCGAGUUCCAUGCCAAAGGCCUUCGCGUCUUCGCAACCGCCAGAAAAACUGACAGCAUUACCGACCUUGCCGACUUGGGAAUUGAAACGCUCUCGCUCGAAGUCACCGACCCUGAAAGCAUCAAGGCUUUGAAAGAGGAGAUUGCAUUGCGCACAAGUGGAAAGCUCGACUAUCUCGUCAACAAUGCUGGUCGCAACUACACUGUCCCUGCCACCGACAUUGACUUUGAUCAAGUCCAGUCGACGUUCGAAGUCAAUGUCUUUGGUGUCAUGCGCAUGUGUCAGGCAUUCACACCGCUGUUGAUUGAAGCCAAGGGUACAAUUGUCCAGAUCGGCAGUUUGGCUGGCGUCAUGCCAUACGUCUUCGGUUCUGUAUACAACUCGACAAAGGCCGCACUGCACUCCUACAGCAACACGCUCAGAGUAGAGCUAGAGCCCUUUGAUGUAAAGGUCCUUACCGUCGUGACUGGCGGCGUCAAGAGCAGGAUCGCCAGAAACGAGUGGCAGUUGCCCAGGGAUUCAAUCUAUCUGCCCAUUGAGCCCGAAUACAUGAGACGCACAAAGCACUCGCAAGAGGUUGGCAUGCCCACUGAGAAGUAUGCAAAGUCUGUCGUGAGCCAGGUGCUCGGCGGCCGCCACAAGAGACAAAUUUGGGAGGGUGCCUUCUCCUAUUGGGUCUGGUUCGCGAGCACCUUCCUGCCAUCCAGCAUCUUCGACUACCUCUUCUGGCGUACUUUCGGUAUGUGGAAGCUCAGAGAGGCUCACACCAAGAAGCUCGCAUGA